AUCGAAAGCCAAUUUCGCUGCAAUACGUCUACGGGAAAGGUUUUUUCAUUACCAUGGCCUCCCUCAACCGAAACAAACCGAAAUACGUGAAGCUGGACAGAUUGGCCCCACGUACACAUGACCAUUGCGUCAUCGUAAAGGUACUCGAAAAGCAAAGCUUGAACAAGAAAGAGUCUGCAACUGUAGAGGGAAGGAGAGAACAAGUGCUUGUUGGAGACGAGACGGGAUGUAUGUACAUGAGAGCACACAACGGUGAGUAAGACAUUGAGUUUCUUCGUGAACAUGUCUUCGACAGCAAAAAAUUGAGAGACUAAACUAUCUCAUCAUGUCUCCUGCGAAUGCAUAACCACUACGAAAAUAUACAGAGCAAUGCGGAAAGCUCAUUGAAGGAGAAACCGUGGAAUUGUAUAAAGCAAAGAUUGUGAUGCUUAAGGAUACGAUGCGAAUUGCGCUGGACAAAUGGGGCGAUAUCAAGUCUACUACAGUCGCGAUACCAGGGGAGGUGCAGAAGGAGCCUAACUUCUCAGAAGUUGUGUACAAGCGUGUCCUUGGCACCACGUAGACCUCAGGGGGUGAGGCACGAGAGCCAUAGUGCAGUCUGUGCACGCAAACCCUGUGUAGAGCACGACGGAGAUAGCACGGGAGAAUCUGACGUAAAUGAAUGAACCGGCAA